UACGCGACUUCCGCUGGUACAGACGAAGAAGGACAGAACAGGUGGAUUGAUAUCUUGAAAUGACGAGCGGUCUUUGUGCUAAGCUAACGGAAGCGGACUCAUGGAUCAAAACAAGACUUUUCCUGCGAAUACUUCGACGGGAAGUGGUGGCCAAGCGAAAAACAUCACCGCAGUAAGGGCAUCCAGCACAGGGCGCCCACGCCUGUCCUGUCCUGUCCUGUCCUGUCCCCGUCGACCCCGCCGCUCCGCUCUCAGCUCCUAAUGUGGCAGGAAAAGUGUGAACAUGGCUUUGGCAGACUGCAGGUCAUUCCACCAUCAUCACCACGGGCCAGUGAAGGGAACUCCUUGACCAGCUGGUCUAUAAACUCCGGCAAAGCAAUCGCUCCUUGCACUUCUGAUUCCAGCCCGAGCGCGGCCACAGAGAACACAACGACGAGGUUGCCUAAAAGUGAUGAAUCAGGGAAACCAAAACCAGCUGCGACGAGGGGCUCUCGUGAACAAGAAUGGCGAAGCGGAUCGGCCAGCGGAUCAUCUAAAAACAUCUAACAUCGUGUGUGUGUCAUCGGCAGCACCUCCCUCCUCCCGCCGCCGACCUCAGAGCAGAGCGGAGGCUGACACCGGCGGAGCAGCAUCAUCAUCAUCAUCCUCAUCCUCAUCAUCCUCCUCCUCCUCCUCAUCAUCAUCAGCAGCAGCAGCAGCAGCAGCAGCAGCAGCAGCAGCAGCGGAGGAGCGACCCCUUUGUGCUUCACCGCUCAACGCGCAUCCUUCUGAGAGGAAAACACCAUCACACAUCCAGGGGGAAACGCCGCGUGAAGCACAAUGGGACCGUUCCAAGAGUACGAGGAGAAGAAGUCCCCAGAGAAGGGGAGCCCCCGCAGCCGCAUCCCGCGCCUGGUCCUCCAUCCCUUCCGACCAACGGACAAGGGGUCGCCUCCGUCCGAGUCCCCGCUCUCGGAGGAGGAGGGCAAGGAGUGCGACGGGAGCUCGGAGCGCUCCAAGAGGACCGUCAGCAGCAACAGCUUCUGCUCCGUAGAUGACACCGGCUGCCCCACUAGUCAGUCUGUGUCCCCCUCCAAAACCCCGUCAGGCUCGGAGCGGAGUGCGCGCGGCUCGCCGGCGCUGCCCGGGCGCAAGGCCGAGGGCAAGCGGGUGAGGGUGAUGGCCGAGGGGGGCGGCGCGCCGCGCAGCGCGCAGCGGCACAAGAGGGCGCUGAGGUCGGCCAUGAAAGCCAGGGGAAGUGAGGCAGACUUCAGCUCCUCCAGCAGCACCGGCAGCCUCAAGACCCGGGAGGGCCUCACCUUCAACUCUGAUGGAAAGAAAGCUCCUUCACGAAGUCGCAGCAGCUACAUCCGACCUCUCCCGGUGUUCAAGCCAGCCGGAAGCUUGGCAGCCAACCAAGAUGCGCAGCUCUACGCUCCGUACAGGACUCCCCCCAGAGCUGCGUCCUCAACCACCAACAGCAGCAGCUGCAACUCCAGCCCCACCUCCAGAAGAGCCAACCUGGGUCGCUACCACUCCUGCGGAGACAACCACGGCGUCAGACCCCCGAACCCCGAGCAGUACCUCACCCCGCUGCAGCAGAAGGAAGUGGCCAUCAGACACCUGAAGACCAAACUGAUGGAGUCUGAGAACAGAGUCCAUGACAGAGAGACGGAGGUUGAGGAGCUCAAGGGCCAGCUCGGCAGAAUGAGGGAAGACUGGAUUGAAGAGGAGUGUCACCGGGUGGAGGCUCAGCUGUCCCUCAAAGAGGCUCGCAAAGAGAUCAGACAGCUCCGGCAGGUGGUGGAGACCAUGAAGAGCAGCCUGAUGGAGAAGGAUAAGGGAAUACAGAAGUACUUCAUUGACAUCAACAUUCAAAACAGGAAGUUGGAGUCCUUGCUGCAGAGCAUGGAGCUCGCCCAGAGCGGUGCCAGCCUACAAGAUGAAAACACCUUGGACUUCAGCUGUGACGGCCCCGACAGUGGUGGGAAGAAGAUGGAAGGGGAGGAGGAGGGUGGGAUGGAGCUGGGAGAUCAAGGGGCGGAGGCGAUGGCCGACAGCGGGCUGCUGGUAAACGACGAGAUGGCCAACAGAGCGGACAUUCUGGAGCAGGUCUUCAUGUCCACUGCGGUGGACUUCAGUCAGGACUCUCUUGACAAGCUGAGGGCUGAGGCGGAGUCUGGGCCUGGGGUGUCAACGCUGUUAGAAGAGGGACAGUCGAUUGAUAAUUCAACUGAAACAACGCCAGCUCUCCCAAAUGCAGUUCCCACCACAGUCCCAUUAUCCUCGAGCACAGUCUCCCAGCAGACCACAGAAGACCAGGGAGUCCAGACCGACACAGCGCCCAUGUCCCCAGACCUGCAGGCUCUGCUCCUCCAGCUGCUGAAGUUCCACGGGUCUUCAGCCGGGGAUAUGGCUCUAUCAGCCUCCAGCAUGCUCGUGGGCCUCCCAAACCCGCCCGCUUCCACCGCUGCUGAUUUCCCCGACUCCACACUUCAUCCGCCCGGCGUGCCCGGCCCUGUUCACCCGGAGAGCCCAGACACCUCCACCGAUUCCGGCAUGUGCUGCUCGGAGCCCACACAGAGCCGGCGGUUCAUGGAGGAGCUGGACUUUGGUGUCGACGACGAGGAGCCUUGCCCGUCACCGGGGCCGGAUGAGGUCGGCAAACGCUACUGGAGCAACAGUUUCCUGGUGGAUCUGGUGGCAGUGGCAGCCCCCGUGUUACCCACCGUGGCCUGGCUGUACUCGCGACACGGUGUGGACGGAAACUCCCCAGUCUACAACAUUCCUGCUCUUAUCAGGGGCUGUUGCAUCAUGGGAUUGCACUCUCUUCGCCGCGUCACUCACAGGCCGAAUGCGUAAUGGCUUCCAACCCGCAUGCACGCGCCUCACCUUGAAAAAGUAAAAGCACUUAAGCAUCUUUUCGACUGUUUGUGAGAUUAUUGUUUUGUUUUUUUACACCUGAUAUCAAUGCAGUUAUUUGGGUUCCAACACUGUUACUUUGCACUGUAAAGUUGCCAUGAGUUGAAGCAAAAUUGGUGACAUGAAAGGGAUUAUUUAUAACGGGGUUAUAUAUAUAUAUAUUUAUUUAUUUAUCAUCCAUGUAUAAGCUGAUCAUCUGGGUAGAUGGUUAUGUGUUAUCAUUGUCCUGUGGUAUCCUUAGAUUUCCUUGUGUUUAAAAACAAAGUUCUUUAUGUUUAGGGAUGGGACUUUUUUGAAAGGUGAAAGACUGAAUGUUAGUUUAGUUCUGUUUGAUGGGUUCUGAAACUUAACGUUUUGAGUUAUUGUUCAAAAAAAACCCCUUCAGCCAAAGCUUUAAUGUGGGCUCACUGUUAACGUUUUGUGAAGAAUACUUCUUUUGCAAUGUUUCCUUUCCUCCCUGGGAGUAGAGCUUUAUUCGGUGCAGCCAGUGUAUUGUUCAUAGAAAUAAUUUGACGCUUCAACUGACACGUGUUAUGUGCCUGAGCUAUGUGCAAUAUUGGUGGUUUACAUCAGAUGUCCCUGUCACUUUAUUAUUAAAGCAUGAUGAAUUCCA